CGUCACACAGGUGAGAAACCAUUUCCUUGUUCUGAGUGUGGGAAAUGUUUUACACAGAAAUCAGUUCUUGUUACACAUCAGAGACGUCACACAGGUGAGAAGUCAUAUUCCUGUUCUGAGUGUGGGAAAUGUUUUGCACAUAAAUCAGCUCUUGUUAUACAUCAGAGAAGUCACACAGGUGAGAAGCCGUAUUCCUGUUCUGAGUGUAGGAAAUGUUUUGCACAGAAAUCAGGUCUUGUUACACAUCAGAGAAGUCACACAGGUGAGAAGCCGUAUUCCUGUUCUGAGUGUGGGAAAUGUUUUGCACGGAAAUCAGCUCUUGUUAUACAUCAGAGAAGUCACACAGGUGAGAAGCCGUAUUCCUGUUCUGGGUGUGGGAAAUGUUUUGCAUAUAAAUCACAUUUUGUUUUUCAUCAACGUGCUCACACAGGUGAGAAGCCGUAUUCCUGUUCUGAGUGUGGGAAAUGUUUUGCAUUUAAAUCACAUUUUGUUUUUCAUCAACGUGCUCACACAGGUGAGAAGCCGUAUUCAUGUUCUGAGUGUGGGAAAUGUUUUGCACGGAAAUCAGCUCUUGUUAUACAUCAGAGAAGUCACACAGGUGAGAAGCCGUAUUCCUGUUCUGAGUGUGGGAAAUGUUUUGCAUAUAAAUCACAUUUUGUUUUUCAUCAACGUGCUCACACAGGUGAGAAGCCGUAUUCCUGUUCUGAGUGUGGGAAAUGUUUUGCAUAUAAAUCACAUUUUGUUUUUCAUCAACGUGCUCACACAGGUGAGAAGCUGUAUUCCUGUUCUGAGUGUGGGAAAUGUUUUGCAUAUAAAUCACAUUUUGUUUUUCAUCAACGUGCUCACACAGGUGAGAAGCCGUAUUUCUGUUCUGAGUGUGGGAAAUGUUUUGCAUUGAAACCAAAUCUGGUUAAACAUCAGAGAAGUCACACAGGUGAGAAGCCGUAUUUCUGUUCUGAGUGUGGGAAAUGUUUUGCAUAUAAAUCACAUUUUGUUUUUCAUCAACGUGCUCACACAGGUGAGAAGCCGUAUUCCUGUUCUGAGUGUAGGAAAUGUUUUUCAUUGAAAUCAAUUCUUGUUAGACAUCAGAGAAGUCACACAGGUGAGAAGCCGUAUUCCUGUUCUGAGUGUGGGAAAUGUUUUGCACAGAAAUCAGCUCUUGUUACACAUCAGAGAAGUCACACAGGUGAGAGGCCAUAUUCCUGUUCUGAGUGUAAGAAAUGUUUUGCACAGAAAUCAGCUCUUGUUACACAUCAGAGAAGUCACACAGGUGAGAAG